GCGCUUCUUCCCGACCACUUGUUCCCAUCCAUCAACUUUUCAGACCACCACAUACAACUUCAAAAUUCAUCUUACGCUCAAUACAUUCAAAGAAUUUUGAUCCGCAUACCGUUCCUCGAUCACUCCGAUUAUCUCAAGUUGAUAAAUAAAUUCAAUUCGCAUUGUCGCACUUCGUCACCUUCACAUAAUCGCGAGUCGCGCCAUCACUUGACAACUUUCAAGAUGGUUGGAGCUCGCCGCACACGCGCAGCUGGUGCCAGUCCAGGCGGUUUCAAAUCACUCGAUGAUAUUCCAAAGCCUACACGCGGCAAGGGAAAGAAAAUCAAGGCUGAGCCCGUCGAACGUUCAAUCGAGUCCGAGUCCAUCGAUCCAUUCAUCACAUCUGCCGCCGAAGGCCACGAUAAUACGGAGUCGCAAAAGGCUUCAUCACCCCCUACAAAUAUUUCCAGAACAAACUCUCCAGAUUCGCACUCACCUUCACCUACACCAGUCGAGUCACGAUUGGACUCCCGCUCCACCUCUCCACCCAAGAACAAUACCACAUCAAAUGACGCGUCUUCGGACAACGACGUUAUUGAUCAAGAGCAAGAUGCACAUCGCAUUGCUCACCUCGGAUCCAACAAAAAGAGAUCUCGAGUAUCAGAGCCUUCUACCCACCAAAGUGUCGGCGUCGCAAAGGAAGACGCAGAAGAUGAUGAGCAGAGGGUCAGCAAGCGGACACGUAGACAGGAAAGCCAAGGCACCGAGGAUGCCGAUGUUGAGAAUGAGAAGUCGACUGAGCCAGAACCCACACCGGAAAAGAAACCCCAAGGUCGUCCUCGCACUCGCGCAAAGGCAACCCCCAAGAAAUCUGCGACCAAGACUCGUGGCCGCAAGCAAGAUCCAGUUGUCCUCAACGAUAGCAGCUCAGAUGAAGCAGCCGAGACAACCGUAUCGCCUUUCCAACCUCGAUUGAACUCUACACCAAAACAAGCCGCCGUGCCUUCUCCACGUACCCCCCAAAAUCAACAAGAAAUAAUCUCUUCUGAAGAAGAUGAACCCCAAGCUGGUCCAUCUACCAUUAGUCACCCAACCUCUAAACUCACACUUCCCUCUCCAGAUAUCCGACCGGUCCCUCAAACCGAAGCCAAAAAGCCAGCUUCAUCUAUCACUGAAACUGGCCCUUCUCCCUCAAAGCCUCGUGCAAUUCCUCCUAUCACUCGGCCCAUUGCUCGAACAAUUUCGACGUCAUCUAUCAAGAUUACACCCGGCAUGGGAAAGACCGAAAGAUUGCGUUUAAUGAUGAUGCAAAGAUAUCAUCCGGAACGACUUGUUUCACCAACUAAAGGAAAAGAAGUUGGUAAGGAGGUUGCCAAAGAGGCUACAAAGGAGGUUACCAAGGACGUUGCUCAAGGCACCAAUGAUAUGGCUCAUAACGAGCGCAAGAAGACGACCGCUGUGGCUUCUUCCAGUGAGACUCUUUCCAAAUCCGAUGCUCCCAAUCCAAGACGUCAGUCUCCUCGGGAUGGACACAAAUUAACGGAUCCUUAUUUAGUAGCUAUAAACAAAGUCUUCACUAAUCACAAAGAUAAGUCAAAGGCUAUGCCAUCUAUCGAACAAGUUACCGCGUUCCUUAAUGGCUUCGAUGCUCAACAAGCUUCGCAGAAUGGCAAGAGACAAAUAGUUGCUCAAAAACCAUCUCGUCCUCUGCAACCCAUAACACCCAAUCGCUCAGGAUUUGUUGUUCCGGGUUACGGAAGUGAUGACGAUACGGUUAUGUCUGAUGAGGAUGAAGCACCCGUCGUCGAGGAACCAAAGACACCUGAAGCACAAAUUACUCCUGUGCCAACUGAAAGCCCUCGAAGCUCCUGGUGGAACCCUCUCUCUACUGUUGCCACGAUGCUUACCAGCCCGUUCCGCAAACAAUCUGAUGCUGCUCCAGCUCCGCUUCCUUGCAACAAGCUCGUUCCACCUCCAUUCAUUUUCAGCCAGCCUCCGACCACUCCUUCGGCAGUUCCACUCAAGCGUAUGUCUCACUCAGAUCGCAAGCGCAACACCCGAAACAAUGUCAAUGUUAAUGGUCGCCUUGGUGGUUUCCAAACCGAACGCCGCCCACGACACAAGGAUAUUGGAAGAUCACCAAGCUCCAAGAAUGGUCUUCUCACCGCAGCCGAAAUCAAGGAGAUCCAUAGAGCCCAGGAUGAAUACGCCGCAAAGCACCAGAAUAGAGGUCCUUUGAUCGUAGCCAACCGGGAUAUUCACAAGACCGCACGAGCAGCUCAAAGAGAAUCUCAGGCUAAAAAGGCCGCUGUUGCUGAUGCAGUUGAGGAAGAAACUUCUACAUUCACACAUGUUCCAGCAGGCGAGAAGCGUGAUGCCAACGGUACACCAAAAGCCCGUACCCAGCGCUGGAACGACUUCUUAGAGUCUGGCCCUGAUUCAGAUUACGGCCCUAGAUGGGUUCGAUGCCCAAAUGGUCUUUACAUUCGAGAGGGUUCCACUGACAAACAAUUUGAAUUGGGCCAACUUGGUGAUGCUGAUGAUUCUUCCUGGCAAGAUCAUUAUCGCGAUAUCGACGCUUUCCCAAAGCAAGAUAUCUACAAGGGAGCAGGUGUCCAAAAUCCACUCAACUCAGCUCAGCUUCUCGAGCAGGCUAAUUUACGUGCUAUGGGAGAUGAAAACAUCCCAGACGAGAGCGAAAAUGACUAUACCUAUGUCACUGAUGAGCGCCAAAAGAGAGUGCUCUUUUAUCCAAGAAGUCCUUAUAACAUGUUCCAAGUUCCAGGUAAAAAGCUUACCGCGACUCACAUUGCGAAUAUCAAGGAAGGGCUUCCUCUUCUCAACCCUCGUGAUCAAUACGGAAUUGCUAUCAAGGUACCUACUACUACUGGUGAGAAACGCAACGUUUUCAGCCAAUGGGCAGAUCAGGAAGAGAGAGCUCAGUACCAGGAUGCCGUUGAAAUGAAAGCAGGCAGAACUCUGGAGGCAAAGCGAUGGACUCAAACUCCUCCACCAAAACCUAAGCCUGUUAAUGCCAAACUUCCCGGUACUGUUGAGAACACCCCAGCUCCAGUCUCUGAGGCUGUACAACACGCUAUGAAAAAGGCCAACAAGUACUUACCCACAAAGGCCAGUGGUCUUAGACAUGUUUCCACCAUGAGCCCCGUCCAGAGUGAUCAGGAGAAGGGUUUGAAGGCUGCAAAAGACUCUAAGCCCAUGUUCAACCUUGAUUUCACCGCUGCAUCCAUUGGCUGGAACGCAGACCCUCUGGUCAUGGCGCGUGUUCAGGAGCGUCUGGGUGAAGGUUACAUCCCUAUUACACCCAUGCCUGAUCACAUUUGGCAUGAACAUGAUGAUCUUCAACAAGGUCCGGUAGAGCAAGCAGUUGCAGCAUUGUUCGAAGGCAUUGACCCCAGAUUGUUUGGAUCUAUGCAUAAUGGAAUCCAAGACCCAUCGCGACCCCAACCCAAGUACUGGGACGAGCUUCCAGAAAGUCCAGUUGCUGAACGCCCCAUCAAAUUAUGGUAAAUUCUAGCGGAACAUGAUCCAGUCUUCACGUUGAGUGUCUGUCUCUCACGACGCUCAACUUUCAAAUUGAGCCUUACCUUAAUCAUUAAUUGAAAACGCUCCUACUUUGGUUGCGAGGCUCUCCCUUGAUGGUUCAAAUCCAUCAGGCAUGCGAGUCGCCUUGAUCUUUUUGAUUUGGUUCAAGACUGGUUACAUUCUUGCUUGAUUUAUCUGGGUUAUGAUAUUGGGUGCGUGGUGAUGGGGGGUUACGAUACCUUUUCAUGAUUGAUCUUCUACUGUUUGAGUUCUUAAUGGGAUAGUUAACGAUGGCGGGCGCUUCGGGAUAUGAUCGAAGCUUUUCUUUUUCACGAUACGAUACGAUACGAUACGAUACGAUCGAUACCCUUCUUUUUCGCUCAAAAAUACAACCUUUACACAUGUCAGAUGAGUGAGAUGCAUACUCGGCAAUGGGCGUUUUCUACACAACAUAUUUCGUCUCUUUAGACACUGUCAGCAAGAUGAAUUAUCUCAUCAGCACAUUAAUUUUACAUCACGUACAUAUUUACAACGGGAUUUUCGAAAUACCACGGAGUCGAUUGCUUAAAGCUGGGUUUGGGAGGUGGCUCCUUCCUACCCAUAUUGUUGCAACCUAUCUAGCGUUCUUCAAAUUUCUUACAGUUGAUGUUUACGAGAUUGAACAUAUCAGCAUUAAUAUCAGCACCCACAUACACAUGGCGAAGUUCAUCGAAAGAAUGAGAAUGACAGACAUUGAUUUCUCUAGGAUGGGAUCUCCUAGAAUUAAGUCAGGAUGGUGAGAUCCUCACCUAAUUGCUGCUGCCUGUCCGGCUUUUCAUUAUUUCGCUUUUGUCGCUGUGGAAGCUACGUAUCAGGACUAUUUGGCAGCGACUGCACUGCUUAUUAUAUGGAUGGAUGGAUGGAUGACAGCGGUGGCUGUUGGUUAUAAGAAUGGUUUAUGGCAUUGGAGUUUGUUGAUUACAAGAAUGGAUUAUUGAAGUGACUGUGCAUGGAUGAACGAGAGGAGAGGAGUUUCAAAAGAUAGUCGAUAGCAGUGCCUUUCGUGCACUUGUUUUUAUUUUGUCUUCACUGUGGGGACGUCCCCCCACGGUUGCAUUUGAUUUUUCGUCUUUACCGUGGGGACGUCCCCCCACGGUCGCGUUUGAUUUGUUAUCUUCACUGUGGGGACGUCCCCCCACGGUUGCGUUCCAUCAUGGGGACGUCCCCCCAUGAUAGGUCUGAUUUAUUUUCUUUUAGCGAAUUUUCCUUUGGUCUUCACUGUGGGGACGUCCCCCCACGGUUGCGUUCCAUCAUGGGGACGUCCCCCCAUGAUAGGUCUGAUUUAUUGUCUUUUAGCGAAUUUUUCUUUGGUCGGAUGUCACAAAAGGCUUGGGGAGCCCAAGGUCAGAGUGUUACCUACAUGUAGUAGAUGGUGGAUGGAGAUGAGGGGAAUGAGCUUGCAUGUAGUCCUGUUACUGCGUUUGUUCUGGAGUUGAUAUUGGCAGGAUAGUUGAUUUUAUACGGGGAGGUCUCUGGUUCGCUGGACGCAGUGGACCAUGGAUUCUCUACGUUUCAAAGGGUUACGUACAUGCUGUAUCGGCAUUUGUUUUUUCGGUUCACUUUGGCAUGGCAUUGCGAUGGAGUUUGUCUUUCUCGGUAUGGGCAUUGGGCAUGGUAUGGAGCAUGAAAUAUGGGAUUGCAUGGAAUUCUAAGCAUGGAGCAUGGUUGGUGCAUUAAGCGUUGUCUUCUUUCGCAUUACAAGCAAGUUAUCUAGAGAGAUACCAUGAGUAGACGACAAUGAUUUGUACUUGCUGUCUUUACAGAUUUCACACGGAAAGUAAAGAUGGAUGGAAUUUUAAGGAAUACAAAAGGGAGUGAUUGGCCUACAGGAGGCGUAAAGAGUACUUUGUAUAGGAUACAAUGAAUAAGUAAAAAAAUUCAAAAUUCA